UGCUGUUGGAGGUGGCACGACUAAGACGUCCAGCCUCAUAGGUUCUUAACAGUAAUCAGGACGGCGUAAGAACUGGUGUUUCAAUGGGUACCAGUGUAGGCACGCUAGAUCUCAACGCCCGUUACUAUGCAGAAGGACCAAGCACGAUUCCCAACAGACCGAUAGAGCGCCGCCAGCUGAAGCCUCCAAAUCAGCGUUCAGUCAGCCGCGCGUCCCCCUAAUUAUCUGGAACCGUUAGAUGCAUAAUCUGACGCGCGUCAGCCGCGAGAUCCUGAGCGUCCAGAUCUUGUCCGAAGAUGCUCAGAAGAUGCUCGAGAAAGGGCUGUGCUGCACUCAGGUUGUGAUAGUCCAAUUGCCCUUUCGAGUAUACUUGUGAGUCGAUUCAUCACCUCGGUAAAUGCUGCGUAGACGAUCCUCAUGAUCGAGAAAGGGCUGUGCUGCUAUCCACGAUGAUCCUAUAGCUCUUUCGAGUAUCUCCGCGGUGUGUACAACUUUUUUCGAGCCGCGAUGUAGAUAAGUUUUUUCGAGAAUCUCCGCGGUGUAGCUUACCUCGGUAGCCUUAAUAGUGUAAAGGUGCGACCUUCUGUGAUCGUGAUCCUCGGGAUACCAUGUUACCCCCAUUAUUGUCCUAGAAUGUUUUCCUAAGAAUGAGCUCUCCCCCGAAAGAUGGAGAACCCAAGGCUACCUCCGAUCGCGGCGAGAACGCCAGAGAAGUGGAUCAUGAGUCUAUGCUAGAUAGGCACGGAAAAUCGGAUCGUGGGAAACAAGGACACGGCGACACGGCCGAGCCUGAGUCGAAGCUAGAGUUCCGGAGGCACGGCGAUGACACAGUGGAAGGACAGAGAGAGAAGCAAGGGCGUAGAGAGAGUUUAAGACUCAGAGUUCAAGGGCCUCGGUCCCCUGCUGCUGCUGCCACAGCUGUUGGUUCUGCGGUCGCUGUUGCUCGAGAUUUCGCGUUUGCUCCUGGUUCUGCUGUUGCUGGUUCCUCCGCUUUUGGAUAUGAUUCGGACAUAGCAGAGGUUGCAAGUAGAAGCGCGCCGAAGCACGGAACUAGGAAACGGCAACGCGAAGAGACAGAGGGCGAUGGGGUCGAGAGGAGCGGGGGGGAUGAGCGGAGCGGUGGGGAUGCGCGGAGCGGAGGGGCUGAGCAGAGCGGAGGGGCUGAGCGGGGCGGCGGAAGCGGAGAGCGGCGAUUGGCGGAUCUGAGCGACGACGAUUUGCAGCAGCUGACGCGGGAAGAAUGCCGACGGCUGCUGCAGGAACAAGGCAUGCGACGACCGUCGUGGACGAAAUCCUUCGCCGUGCAGCAGCUCGCAGCUCUUCGCGAGCUCUCGUUACUGCCGUUCCCGCUCACCGUCCAGCCACGUCAGCUCGACGCCCAGCCACGUCAGCUCGCCCGGCCACGUCAGGGAGAGUCAUCUGCUGCUGCGAGGCAGGACGCGAGGCCAGCCCCUACAGCAUCCAGCGGGCAACAGAGGGAGCGAGAAGCAGGGGGAAUCGAGCAAGAGAGGGAGAUGGAAGAAGCAGGACGGAGGGGGCAGGAGAGGGAGGGGGAAGCAGCAGGGGGCAUUAGUGAGCGCGGUGGUGGCGCGGGGCAGCAAGAGAGGGAAGCGGAGGCGCUAGUAUCCGCGGAGGCGCAAGUAUCCGCGGAGGCACGACUAGCGUUUGCGGAAGCGUUUCUGCAGCAUGUCCUUCAAGAGCGCGCGCAGCGUGCGCAAGCAUCCGCGGACGCGGAAGCACCCAGGCGCGCAGAAACCUCUGGGCAUGCGGAAACCUCUGGGCGCGCGGAAGCAUGCUGGGACGGGGCGGAGACGGCGAGAGGACUCGGGGAAGAGGGAAGAGGCGAAAGCGCUGAGCGCGAUGGGGGAGGAACGGGGGAACGGAGGACUGAGGGGGAGUGGGGGAAGGGGUUGGCGGAUGAGAGGGGGAAGCAGGUGCGGGGAAGGAUUGACUUGGAAACCAGCCCAGAGGAUGGGGGUCGCCCUGAGGGGGAGGAGCAGGAGAGAGGAACGAGGGAGAGGGUCGAGGAAGGGGAGGAAGGAGGAGAGAGUGAAGAGAGAGGAGAGAGGGGAGGAGGGGUAGCGGGGGGGAGAGGGAGUGGCGGGAGGAGAGACGAUGGUGGUGAUGGCAGUGGCAGGAGCGGUGGCAGCGGCAGCUGCAGUGGCAGUGGGAGUGGUGGCGGUGGUGGCGGUGGCGGCAGCGGCAGCGGCGGCGGCGGCGGUGGUGGUGCUGGUGGUGCUGGUGCUGGUGCUGGUGCUGGUGUUGGUGGUGCUGGUGGUGGUGGUGCUGCUGGUGGUGCUCGUAAGGAUGGAAGUUUGGCUUCACAUGCAGGUCCGGUGGCAGGCUUGGUAGCUCGGCUCGGUACACCCACCGUGGCAGGCUGGGCAGGUCAGACGAAGCAUACAGCAGCAGGAACAGAAGCCCCAGCAGCAGCAACGGAAGCAGCAGCACAAUCAGCCACAGAAGCAGCAGCAACAACUGCAGGAGUAGCCACAGAAGCAGCCACAGAAACAGAUGAAACAGCCUCACACGAAGCCGGAGGGGAGGACGAAGGAUUUAAGGAAAGAAAGAAGGCUGGGCAGGUGCAGGGAGGGGUGACCACGCAUCAACAGGAAACAAGGAAAGAGCCAGUACCAGAGGCAACAGUAGCUUUGAGCGAGUGCACUCUUGAGGCGCCUCAGAGGUGUGCGCAAGUGCAGGGAGGGGCGCCCACCCUGCCCCAGCAAACAGGGGAAGAGCCAGUUCCAGCGCCAACAGCGCCUUUGAGAGAGGCGCGCGUCCAAGCAUCAGCACAGCAAGCAUCAGCGCUGCUGCGGCCGCGCUCCCCCCUGGUUCAGCAGCAGCAAUCUCAGCUGCAGCCGCAGCAGGCUCAGUCACAACUGUGGUUGCAGCGGGUGCAGCCACAGCAGCAGAUGGGGACGGAUGUGCGUCUCAGUCACCCUCGGCCUGACGUCUCAGCAGAGCUGGAUGUGCUUAUCCCGCCUCUCCCCCGCUUCAACAACCCCCCUGAACUCGCCUCUGCCGUUGCCGCUGCUGUGGCUGCUGCUGCUGGUGCUGGUGCCGCUGCUACGGCUGCUGCUUUUUCUCCCCAGCCUGUUCCUGUUGCUGUUCCUGCUGUCUCUGGCACCAGUGCACCUGCACCAGAUAACACCUCCCCUCGUUCUGCCUCCUCCCACAGAUCUCCCUCCCCCUCUCCUUUUCCUGCGCCUUCUGGGCCCGGGGCCCCCAAAAAGAAGGAUAAAGAGGUGGUGCAAAGGAGUGGGGGAGGGGGAGGGGGAGGGAGAGGGAGAGGGAGGGGCCGAACCAGCACCCAUGCACAAGGGGGCGAAGGCAAGCAGACUGAAGCAAGAGCUGCCAGUCACGAGAGUGAGAAAGGCGAGGGUGAGAAAGGGGAGGGUGAGAAAGAGGAGGGUGUUCAAAGCGAGGGUGACAAAGACGAGAGUGAAAAAUGCGAGGGUGGUAGCAGCAGCUCCCAGGACUCUCCCUGGCAGUCAGUCGCGAACAUUUCUCCACGGAGCCAGGAGCUGCCCGGCCAGGCCGAACCUGCCCGAAGACGUUGGCCGGACACCUCAGCUGUAGUGGAAGGGUCGCCAGUGCCUGUGUCUCCAAGACAGGCCACAGGGGGCACAGGAGCCACAGGGGCCACCAGGGGCACAGGCACAGGAGCCACAGGGGUUCGUUUGUUUGGCUCUUCUCUUGUUGAAGGGUCACUGGUGCUGAAAACGAAAGGGGAAGGCGGCGCUGGGAAGGCGAGGGGAGGACGAGGAAAGGAGGGGAAAGAAAGGGCAGAGGAAGGGGAAGACCAGUCAGCUGGUAUGUCUGCCUCAACGUCUGUGUCUCCCUCUGUCUCAGUCGCAGCAGCAGCAGGGGCGGAAGUAAGGCCAGCCACUUCUACUGCUGUGUCUGCUCCUCCUCCUCCUGCUGCUGCUGCUGUUGCGUCUCCCGUUGCUGUUGCUGCUUCUUCUGGUGCUGCACCUGCUGCCACUGCUUUUGCUGAUGCUGCUACUCGUGUUACUGCACCUGCUCUUGCUGCUUCCACAACUUACAAAAUAGCGGCAGGAGCAGCAGUCUCCGUCCCUGAAGCAGCUGCACCAACACCAGCUGCACCAACACCAGCGGCAGCAGCAGCAGCAGUAGUUUCGACCACACAGGCUUUCUUAGUGUGCUCCAUCUCAGCUCCGCGUGGUGGCGAACGGCCUGCAGCUGCUGUGGCAGCUGUAGCACCUGUAGCACCUGUAGCACCUGUAGCAUCUGUAGCACCUGUAGCACCCGUAGCAGCUGUACUAGCACGUGGUGGUGAAGGGUCAGCACUAGCACUAGCACGAGGCACAGCAACAGCAGGAGCAAGAGGAGCUCCAGCACCAGCAACAGCAACAGCAACAGCAGGAGCAAGAGGAGCACCAGCACUAGCAAGAGCAAGAAAAGCAGCAGCAGCCGCCGAAGCAGCAGCAGCAGCAGCAGCAGCAGGAGCGGCAGGAGCAACAGCAGGGGCAGGGGCAGGGGCAGGAGCAGGAGCAGGAGCAGGAGCAGGGGCAGGAGCAGGGGGAGGAGCAGGGGCAGGAGCAGGGGCAGGAGCAAGAACGGAAAGUCCAGCAAACGCUAGCACAGCACCAGAACCUCUACCAACCUCCCCACAAGCAGGAGCGGGAGCAGGAGCAGGAGCAGGAGCGGGAGCGGGAGCAGGAGCAGGAGCGGGAGCAGGAGCAGAACGAGCAGGAGCAGAACCAGCAAGAACGAGACGAGCACCAGAACCUCUACCAGCCUCCCCUCAAGCGCCGGCGGCGCCAACACCACCUGCCACGUCUCCUGCCACGGCUUUAGCACCUGUAGCUAAUGUAGCGGACUUAGCAGCUGCAGGAGAUUUAGCCCCUGUACCUGCUGUGGCUGCUGCUGCUGCUGUGGUGCGUGUGGCUUCUGUAGCAGAUGUAGCCGCGGAAGCCGUUGUAGCAGCUGCAGCGCCCGUAGCAGCUGUAGCCUCUGUAUCAACUGUAGCAGAGGAAGCUAAAAACACUGCCUCUCAAUCUGGGUCGCAGACCCAGUCUGUAGCACACACGUCAGCAUCUGUAGCACAGACGUCAGCAACUGUAUCCCACACAUCAGCAUCUGUAGCACCCAUAUCCGCGUCUGUAGCACAGAACUCCACAUCUGUAGCACAGGCGUUUAGAAUGCCAGCAGAAUCUAUCAGGGUGGCAGAGCGCCUGGCUGCUAUUCCCAUUCCCGAAGCCCUCUCCAGGAGAUUUGCAGCAUCAAGCUAUGCCCGGAGAUUCGGAUUUGAUUUCCCCUCGGUACAGUCACACGUGGGGGCGGGGCCAGGAGGGGCAGAAGGAGGAGGCGCAGGAAGGAGAGGAGAGGGGGUAGGCGGUGCAGGAGGGGUUACAGAAGCAGCCGCACCACCAGCAGCAGCACCAGCAGCAGCCGCACCAGCAGCACAAGCACCAUCAGCAGCAGCAGCGGCGCCGGCGCCUAGUGCUACUGCAGCUGCUGCUAGUGGUGAUAAAUCCAGAGCUCCUUCUGCUGCUGCCACUGCUGCUUCCACUGCUGCUGCCACUGCUGCUGCUGAUCCCUCGGCUCUUGCCUCUUCUGCCCUGGCCGCAGCAUCUGCUUCUGGUGGAGCUGCUCCGUCCUCUCCUGCCCUGGCUGUCUCCUCCUCCCCGGCCACUGCAGCUCCCCGCUCUCCUGCCCUCGCUGCGUCCGCCUCCCCAGCCCCUGCGGUGCCAAAGGUGGAGCCGUCCUCCGCAUCCACGUCCGAUAGCCAGCACAGGUCAGGGCAAGGCCAACAGUCAGCAUCCCGGAAGAGGAGGGGGCAUCCGGGGGAGGCUUUAUCUUCAGACGCCUCAAGUAGAGAGGAAGGGCAUGGGAUGGGUGUUUCAAAGACUGGGGCUAGAGGGAAGAGAAAGGAGAGGGAGAGGAGCGGAGAGAGAGGGAGGGGGCGGGGGAGAGGGGGAAGAAGCGAGGGAUUGAGAGGGGAGAGAGUGAGGGGAGAGGAGGCAAUGGGCGGAGGGAGAGAGCACGAAGCAGAUGCAGUGGAGAGCCAGUAUCAGCAACAGCCACCGCAAGGGGAAGUGGAUGUGAAGCCACCGCCACUGCCUCCACCACCACCACGGGCACCGCCAGAAGGAGAAGCAGGAGAAUCAGAAGCAGACGUAGUGGCCGCAGCACCAGGGCAGUCGCUCGGAGCGACAGUUGUGAGUGGGAGCCAUGGGAUCACUCUAUCCAUCCCUCGAGCAACGGUUUCUCACCCCACCAUUCCACGCGCCCAUGGCAUGAGGCUGCCCCAGAGCGGGUGGGAGGCACUGCAGCAACAGCACUACCAGGAAGAACAGCAACAGCAACAACACCAACUGCACCGCCAGUCACAAGAGGGUCGACAUCAACCGCAGCAGCAGCAGCAGCAGCAGCAGCAGGAGGAGGAGGAGGGGAAAAGUGCAGCAGAACGAGUGCAGGCGACCGGAUUGGGAGUGCCAGCUGCACCUCCCCCAGUUGUACCUCCCCCUGGAUCCUCGCAGCUGACGAUCUUCUAUGGGGGGAUGGUGCACGUGUAUAAUGACGUCCCUUCAGACAGGGCCCAGGCGAUCAUGCUCCUAGCUGGAUCGGGCACCUCCUCCUCCUCCUUCCCUCUCCCCCCCGGCCUCCACACCACUCAGCAGUCCUCCAUCUCUUCUCACCGCGCCCCUCUCUCCUCUCCAUCCACCCGCGGACCCCCCCACCCCCCCUCCCUACCUUCCCCCCACCACCCUCACUCACUCGCCUCCGGCCCUUCCUCCUCCUCCGCGCAGUACCUUUCAGCUCACCCCUCUGCUCCGUCCUUGUCUUCCGCCCCAUACCCUUCCGCUCCUCCCAUCUCCUCUCCCUCUGCUGCUCUCCUUGCUGCCUUUCUGCCUCACCAUGCGGCGUCAGGUGCGGGAUGGGAGAGAGUUAGGGAAGCCCUGCGGGAGGGAAGCACUGGUGGCAGGGGUGGCGGUGGUGGUGGUGAUGCUGGUGUUGGUCAUCUAACAGAUGUGAGAGGUGCUGGUGCUGGUGCUGGUGGUGAUGGUAGUGGUGGUGGUGGUGAGGAUGAUGACCACCUGGGGAGGGAGAAAGCUUCUUUCCCACUACAACUACACGAUCAACAUUACCAUUGGCAGCAGCAACAUCAACGACAGCAGCAGCAGCAACAGCCACAGCAACAGCCACAGCCGCAGCAACAGCCACAGCCACAGCUACAGCCACAGCCACAGCCACAGCAACACCAACAGCCACAGCCACAGCAACAGCAACAGCGGCAACAGCACAGUCCCCCCCGACAUCUAUCAGCCCAAAUCCGCACACACUCACUCUCCCUCUCCCCCUCUCCUCCUUCCCCCCACUCCCACUCCUCUCACUCUCCUUCACCUUCCCUGGGACCUUCCCUGGGGCCUUCUACCUCCCUAGGCCCUUCCCUAGCACCCACGGUGCACGUGUAUGUUCAGUACCCAGGCACCCAUCUCCCCCCCUCGUCCUGGCCUUCUGUGCAAAUCUCAACAACAGCACCAGCAGCAACAACAGCAGCAGCACCACCACCACCACUACCACUACCACCCAUUACAGCAAUAGCAGCAGCAGCACCACCACCACUACCACCCACUACAGCAAUAGCAGCAGCAGCAGCAGCUGUGCCAACAGAAGGGGCGGGCUGGCAGUAUACACCCUCCCAGUCUCCCCCUUCCCGCCAGCAAAGCAAGUUGCCAGAAGGGAUGGGAGGAGGAGGAGGAGGAGGAGGGAGAGGAAGAGAGGGAGAGGGAGGAGGAGGGGGGAUAGCUGCUGCUGGAGCGAUUGCGCGACAAGUGGUUGAGAGGGAGAGAAGAGGCGCUGCUGCUGCUGGGGGGAGUGGCAGUGGGAGUGGGAGUGGAAGUGGGAGCGGUAGCAGGAGCGGUAGUGGUGGGAGUGGGGGUAGUGGCAGCCACACAUAUGCGACAAUAAAAAAAGAACUCCCUCCGGCGUCGGGGAGACAAGCUUCUCUUGCUCGAUAUAAGGAGAAGAAGGAAAGGGUUGUGUCUGCAGGACAAAAUCAAGGUUACAAGUGUCAUCUCGACGUGGUAACCCUCGGUCAACACCACCUCCCGCGUCGCAACCCCCCUCGUCAAGUUCCAUGUCGCAUGGACAACACACUUUGAGCUCGGUGCCUCUGGAACUUAGGGAGCUGCUGGAGCAGCAACGGCUACAGCAACAACAGAUACAGCAGCAACAACAACAACAACAACAAAAACAGCUAUAGCAGCAGCAGCAACAACUACAAGAACAGUUGUAGCAACAGCAAUAGCAAGUAUUGCAUGUACUACAUGAGCGCCAUGCUUAAUACCAGGAUCAUCAAUCACAUGAACAUAUACAAGAGCAACCGCUAUACGAGGAGCGUCAAUAGCAUCAAGGUUCCGUUACUUUUUUUCAUAGCACUGAAUCUGAAGCUCCAGAAGGAGAUACAGGUUCGCGAUCUCUCUCUCAGGGGCAACGACAGGUAUGAGAGGAAUCAGAUCUACAACUACUUAAUUUUGGGAUGAUGCCAUGCCGUUACAUAUUAUAAUAUGAG